AUGCAGCCUCUAUUUAUCCCGGGUACUGUUCUCUUGGUUGAUGAUCCCUCCAACUUGUCCGAGAAGUUUAAGCUCAUUACUGUCAGGAUCAACUUCUAUGGUGUCGCUUAUGACGGCCUAGCGCCGGAUUUGAAUACAACGUUCGACGGCUUAAAUACGGGCGGCGUUGGCGCGGCCUUCUGGCAACCUGUGGCCAUGAAGAUCGGUCGUCGCCCGGUGUAUAUUAUGGGACUUCUCAUCGCCAUGGUCGGCAGUAUCAUCGGAGCUGUGCAAACCAAUUGGGGAGUUUGGGUGACAUUUAAUGUGUUUUGGGGUCUCGGAUGCGGUCCGAAGGAGGGCCUCCCCCAGAUUUCCUUGCAGGACACUUACUUUGCGCACCAAAUGGGAUCGAAAGUUGGAUACUGGGCACUAUCUUACAGUGCCGGUGCUUUCAUCGUCGCUACUAUGGCUCUGGUACUAUUCUUCGGCAUGGAGGAGACGCUUUAUCCUAGAUCGUACAGCACACAUCAAGCACCACUUCCACGAGCACGAACCGCGGAGAAGGGCUGUAGCCCUGCUGAAACUGGAUAUGUGGACAAUGGGGUCAAGAUGAAGUCCUACUGGCAGACCCAUCCGCUGCACUCAUGGGGUGUGAACCCCAACGGAGCCUGGCGCGAUCUCUUUCUUCGUCCGUACCAGCUCGCCUUCUUUCCGCCCGUUCUCUGGGCGGGUGUGUUUACCGGUGUCUCGAUUUGCUGGUGGGCUGCGAUCUUCACAACGGAAUCCCAGUUCUUCACCGGUCCACCGUACCUAUGGAGUGGCGAAAAGGUAGGCCUCACCAACGCUGCCGCACUUCUCGGUUCUAUCCUAGGUACCGUAUUUGCAGGAAACGUCAGCGACUGGUUCAUCAUCGUAGCGGCACGCCGUAACAACGGCAUCCGAGAACCAGAGCACAGGCUUAUCCUCCUGGUCGUGACCGCUGUCGUUACCUCGGGCGGGUUAGUCCUGUACGGCAAAGGGGUAGAGGUCGGACUUCACUGGAUAUGUCCUGUAUUCGGGAUGGGGUUAAUGGCUUUCGGAUUCACUGCAUCUUCCAUUGUUGGAGAGACUUAUAUCCUCGACUCCUAUCGGGCAGUGGCACCAGAGGCCUUAGUACUGAUUAAUAUCUUCCGCAACUUGAUCGGCAUGACGUUUGUCUUCGCUGUGCAGCCGUGGCUUAUCCACUCUGGUUAUGGUAAUGCGUACAUCCAGAUGAUGGCCAUGGGGCUUAUUGCGCAUUUAACCGUGAUCCCGAUGAUGAUUUGGGGGAAGCAACUGCGCGCGAUGACCGCAGGGCGAUACGUGCGCAUGGUCGAGGCGAGUGGUAUUCCUCGGGAGUUCGCCUGA